AACAUUAAUUAUGGCAAAAUUAGGGCAUAAAAAACUAAACCAAGAGUACGAAAUUGUUCAGAAAAAUCUACUGUAUCGAUUUCGUGUAACAAAACCAAAUGACAACAAUGCAAAAAAAUAUAAUAUGUAAUAUCGAUAUUUAUAUCAGUUGUAAUCGAAUCGAACAUGUCAGUAUGUUCGUAUCGAUAGUUACAAUCGAACUUUAAAUUUGUGGCAAAAGCAGGGACAAAUUUCAUGCGAAUGUAAAAUUCAUGUAAUUAAUAUAAAUUAACAAAUACUUCGGAAUCAAGGAUUUUUAUUAAAAAAUAUGGCAGGAGUGGAAAAUGUUCCAACCAUCGAUAUUCCAAACAUCCACAAAAACGAACGACUCUCAGCAAAUUGGGUGAACAGCAAUAAAGUCAGCAUUUACAGCACCAGAACAUCGGCCGACAAAGACCAUACCGAAUAUAGCCCAAUCAUACAUGUAUUAAAGCCAGAAGUGAUUUUAUUUUCUCCACAAUUACGCAAACUGGUAAAUGAAAGCAAUGGUGUCUUCUUAUCUAUCCGAAAAAUUAAAGUGUCUUCUAGCGAUAUUAGACCAGAGCUUCUGAAACAUAGCAAGCAAUAUAGAUCUAUUUUAAGAGCCUGCAUUGAGAGCUUGCAAGAUAUAUGCGGCAAAUCAUUUUCCGAUAAAAGGGAAUCUCUGGAGAAUUUUCUUACAAUAUUUUAUCAAAUUGAAUGCGUCUGGCACUUAACAGAAAUUUUGUACAUAGAUAUUGUACCAGGAGAUGUAGUUCUACCACAAUUGUUAGAGUGGAUCAAAUUUCACUUCCCAUCUACAGAUCGUAUGGCAAAUAAAAUACUGUCUCAAAAAGCAAUUGGAGCAGACCUGAAAUAUGCUAAUUAUUGGGAAACGGUCAUACGUUGCACAUUACAUGGGAAAUUGGAUUCAGUGCGAGCUCUUCUAGCAUUGCACAGUAAAGCAGAUCUCCCUGCCUUUGUUAUUGCAGACAGUAUGCUUAAAACAAUGCCUGUGUACAACGUAUAUGGUGGUUAUUCAGUAAACGAGUUCAAAAUGCGUUGGAAGCACUGGCAAUUAGAAUUAGGAUCACAUUUGACUAGCAAAGAUUUCAUUGUUGACGAGGAUUUGGAAACGAUCAUGAAGUUAAUUGCAGGAGAACAGGAAGUCCUGUGGCAAUUAACAACAUAUACGGACGCUUGGUAUGAACUGUUAGCAGCAAAAUUAUUUUAUUCAUCUCCAUGCUGCAAGCAGCCUGAGCUUUCGUAUCAUGCAAACAAUAUUGUUAAGAGAUGGCAAGCUAAUAGACCAUCAGAUAAUGCUAUACGUGCUUUGAUGGAAAGCGAUCUGCACCAAGUUAUUAAGGAAAUACAGUAUAUGGGGGAUAAUGGAUGGUUUGCUACUCAUUUAGUGGAUUUACUCUACACUUGUGGCAGGCUUAAAGUUUUAGACAAAGAUCAAAUCGAGGUCACAAGCCAACUCCAUGAAUCUUUAAUAUUAGAAUAUGGCAAUGCAUUGAUGGAACAUCAUUCUCUUUGGCAAUGUGGUGCAAGUUAUUUAAUGCACUGCCCUAAGGAAGGUCUGGCAAGACUGGAACUAUUGAUACAAUCACUACCAAUGGGAUCAGAAGCGAGAAUAAAUAAAAUUAUAGACAUAGCUCGUGAUAAUAGAAUGGACCAUAUUGUGGCUAGUAUAUGUAAAAUCCAGUCUAUAAAGUGCAUAAAACACGACAGACUUGGGAAUGCACUUGCGUGGGCAUUGAAAGGGCAGGACAGUGGUUUUGUAACUUAUAUAGCUGAUCAAUUCUUGAAACAUUAUGCAGAAACUGGAAGACUCGAGUGUCGUGAUCUUUUGGAGAAUUUAGGGUUUUGUAUGAUGGCCAGCGAUAGACUCACAUUUUUAGGAAAAUACUGCGAAUUUCAUCAAAUGUACAGUAUCGGAGAAUUUAAAGAAGCAGCUAGCUUAUUAGUGUCCCUUUUAGUAUCAAAUUUAACUCCAAAAUACUUCUGGUCGAUUCUUUUAUCUGAUGCUAUUCCAUUGUUGGAAGCCAAAGAUGUGAUCAUUUCUUCCAAUGAUUGUUACGAAUUAUUACGCUGUGUUGAAGCUCAUGGUGAUGACCCCAAGUUUCAAGAAGAAAUUGAAAUUUUUAGGCUGGCUGUUGCUAGAAAUUUGGCGAGAGCGCUAAGCCUUGAAGGCUGCCAGUAGAAUUUUGAUCAAUAUGUAUUGUGUACAAAUUUUCUAAUUUUCUAAUUAAAAGAAAUCCAUUUUUAUAUA